UAAUCUUCAUAGUAGUUUAUUAAGCAUUGCUUAGUUGGAGAUAAUAAAUCUUUUUGAUAGAUUUAUCUUACUUAUCUAUCGCAGAUAACAAGCGACCAAGUACGAUCCCUUAAUUACGCGUGCACAAAUUACUAUUAUUAAUUGGGUGUAUACGUCGUGUGAAUAUCAUGAUUUAAUUUACACGGUGUGCUGGGGUAACAUAAGUGAUAUCAGUAUGCCGCGUAAAUAUAUUACGUCGGGUAUAUAUCUGUAAUAUUAUCUUUGUCUUUAUGCGAGGCUCCCAUCUGUCCUUAUCAGAUAGAUUACGCAAUCUUUCAUUUACCCAGAAUUGUUAUCGGCGCAAGUUUUUCACUUCGUACUAGCAAACCCGCGCAGUAUCGCGAAUGCGUUCACGUCGAAACGAAACAUGAGUAAUCACGUUCACACGAUAGUACAUCGUAGCGUACCUUGCUACUUCUGCAAUGAAUUUUUGGAGGAGAGGCACUUAUCGGAGCACAUGACGCAUUGCGCAUCCGUUUUGGAGGUAUGCCCGAACAAAUGCGGUGUUUACGUGCCUCGUAGACACUUGGAAGCUCAUUAUAAAUCGUGUGGCAAGAGAAUAUCAAAAAAGACCAGUCAGUCGAAGAACGUUGAAGACUCGGUGUGGAAGGAGAAAGUAUUUUCGAUACUGACGUUGCUGCGUCUAGCCAUCGAUCACGGGGAAAAGGAGCGAACUCAUCUGCACGAUGCGCUUUCGAGAAAUUUGAACUUGCUGCACUCUCAGCAGGAAUCUCUCGCUGCGUUGCGAUCGAAUAUUACGGAGGCAGUCGAGGAAGCUCGUGUCAACAGUUUAUUACUGAGUCGGAGAUUAAACGACAUAGAAAUUAUUACGGAGAACUCGCAGCACUGCACUAGCGUGAGCUUCCAACAGAUCUCCGAACAGUUGAAACUAUUCGAGGGAGAAUUAAACGGCGAGCAAGGCAAGCACGAGCGAGUGCUGGACAACUGGUUCCAAGAACUAAAGGAUCUUAAAACGUUUAUUGCCAAAGAGAGCGUGCGUGUUAGCGACAUGUGGCAAGAACAAACGCAACGUAUUAACGACCUGAAGCUUGAAUUAGAGAUAAGAUGCAAAGACUCGAAGGAAUUAAUAUAUAAGUACGAUUCUUUGUCAAGAAACAUGGAUUGUCUGCUCGAAGAAAUUCGCAAAUAUUCCGAAAUUACGGCCAAACAGCAGUCUGACUUAAAAGGUUUAAAAUUCCAAAUGAAGGAGAAUCUUAAAUACGUCGAAGAAUUAAUCGCGGAAAAUUACAAAGCGCAUUAUCCGCUGGAUUCAUGCACUUGUACGUCUGAAAUGAUCGAAGGCACCUCGAUGAACGGUCACAUUAUAUGGCGAAUCGACGGUUACAGGGAGAAGAUGAGCGUGGCCAAGGAAAACGGUCGCGCGCUCUACAGUCCAAUAUUUUUUAACAAGGAAUACGGCUACACCUUGAGAAUGGAGUUAUUUCUAAAUGGCAAAGGUCAAUGGAAGAAUCGUAAUAUCAUUGGUUGUCUACGCGUGGAAAGUGGCAAAUGGGAUCCUUUGCUGGAUUGGCCUUGUGUGCUGAGGGCUUCUAUAGUUCUUCGUGAUCAAGACAAUUCUGUGAACGACGUUAGAAAAAUUGUGAAAACCGUAGGCCGAGAUAAGAACGACUCGGAUGAUGCUGAUAAGAAAUCCGAUCUGUAUAUGUUCAUUCCUCAUACUACGCUGAGUAGAUAUUCCGGUUAUACAAAGAAUAAUGUUAUAUUUUUUGAUAUACAAGUGCGGGAUGUAAAGACGAGUGCUUCAACAAUGUCAUUAAUAACUCAAUAGUUAUACUACUUGUAAUGAUUAAGUCUUUGUAAUGAUAUUAGUGAUGAGACCAGUAUAAAUGGUAAUAUAUAACCCGAAUUAUAAUAAAUUUCAUAAUCACAAGUUAAAUAAUAAUAAAGUCUUCCAAAAAGCACAUGGACAUCCAGUGGAUGUCCAUAGGACAUCAUUUCUAGACAUCAGAUAUCCAUUUUCUAUCCAAAACAGAUCCAUUUUUCAUUCGAUAAACAUAUAUAAGAUGUAUAUUUGACAUAACUUCAAACACCUUUAAAAUAUCCAUAAUAAGGCUACUCUCGAAUUUAUUCUGGAUUUAUUUUGGACCUAUUAUGGAAUCCGUUUAAGAUUUUCGUAGUUUUAAUUAGUAACUUAUUGCUAUAUAUAUUUUCUUUAUAUGAAAACUUAAAGAAAGAUGCUGUCUGGCGUUGCACAGCAUCUAGCAUGCAUAGAGAAAAAUAUUUCUUUAGGUUUAAUAAUUUUUGUUCAAUUGAAAAAUAAAUUUAAUAGAUUCUUAAUAAUGAUUUAAGAAAUAUGAUUUAAAAUCAUUGUAUGUAUGUUUAUGGACAUAGUCUAAAAAAUUUAUUAAUUUUCGAUAAAAAAUACCAAUACCCGUAAGUUGUGUCAUACGUUUAUGUUCCACCAUGGUUUCAAAAUCCUGAACAACGAUCGGUCACCAUCUCCUUCUAGACACGCUCAAUUAUUGCUUGAUUUUGAAGAUCGUGCGAUAAAUAGUCACUUCAAUAUGUUACUUUAUGUUAGCAAUAUCAUUACUUAUACUGUAUAUAAUGUAUGCUUAUAGUAUUCAUGAAACAUUCUAAUGACAUGUUUACUGGCAACAAUAAAAACAAUGCAACAACAGUCAAAAUACAACGAAUAUAACGAAUAUUGGUAUAAUGUAAGAAUAUAUUGUUUUAAUGAAACAAAAUCAAAUAGGAAUUCUAAAUCAAAAGAAACCUUUUUUUCUAUGCAGAUGUUAUAUACUAAGUAUCUAUUUAGGUUUUUUGUGUUAUAUACGAGCAUAUUUAUUGAAAAUUCGGGAUAAUAUUUAAUAUAUAUAUAUAUAUAUAACAAUUUUUAAAAUUAAAAUAAACUUUAUCAAUAAUGACAUAGAAAUACUAGAUUUAUAACACCAAAAAUUAUUUCUCGGUAAACAUAACUUUGUU